UGCACCCCUGUACUGACAAUAUACCAUAUAAGCAAUUAACUCUUAGUACCCUGGCUCCUAACAUCUCCUCGUUUUAGAAAAUGUGGAUCUGCCUGCCAUUCUUGGAAGUCACACCCGUGACUGCUGAGUGCCCUGGAAGAACAGAACCAGGCUCAGAUGUUGACUCCAGUGUGUAGCACUGCUUUGUUGGUGACCCUUCCAGCCCAGGAGAGAAACUUGCACAGGAGAAUAUCAUUACUUUGAUUUAUUACUGGGGGCUUUCUUUAUGCAAAGGCAAUACUCAUCUCACCAAGCAGGUGCCACAGCGAGGGUUCAUUGAUCCUAGGCUCUUCCAGAAACUCCAGGAGGUCGUUAAUCUGGAAGAGAUGGAGGUAGUCAACGGAAAAGGAAGUCCAUCUCAGUGCAGGCUGAAAUGAAGUUGGGGGACAUCUCUGGCCAUCGCUCUAUCGCUCCAGUGACACUCGGUGCGUUUGCUUUCAGAAGAGGGGCUGGGGCAGAGAGAACACUUAGAGGUUGCAGGGGCGAGUGAGAGGGAAAGAGAGCGACGGCAGGGACAGCUGCAGGGGUCCAAGGGGCUGCAUCCUUCUGGCGGCAGGACAAAGGGUCUUCAGCUCCAGAUCGACAUUCCGAAGAGUUAAAUGCUACCACGCAGCCCGGCCUGGAUGGGAUUUGCUCCUGGGUACAAAACGGGACACUGAUCAAAAUCAACUUGGACAAGUGACAAGAGUAUUGCGCAGCGAUGCACAGCUAUCAAGUACCACUUUUCUCAGCCAAUCCGCUUACGAAACAUUCCUUUCAAUUUAACCAAGACAAUACAGCAAGAUGAAUGGCACCUGCUUCAUUUGAGAAGAAUCACUGCGGGCUUCCUGGGCAUGGCCGUAGCUGUCCUUCUGUGCGGCUGCAUUGUGGCCACCGUCAGUUUCUUCUGGGAGGAAAGCCUGACCCAGCACGUGGCGGGGCUCCUGUUCCUCAUGACAGGGAUAUUUUGCACCAUUUCCCUCUGUACUUACGCCGCCAGUGUCUCUUAUGAUUUGAACCGGCUCCCGAAGCUAAUUUAUAGCUUGCCCGCUGAUGUGGAACAUGGCUACAGCUGGUCUAUCUUUUGCGCCUGGUGCAGUUUGGGCUUUAUUGUGGCAGCUGGAGGUCUCUGCAUCGCUUAUCCGUUUAUUAGCCGGACCAAGAUCGCACAUCUAAAGUCUGGCAGAGACUCCACGGUAUGACUGUCCGCGCUCAGGGCCUGUCCACAGUGCGGGCGACCCCUGAGGGGAGCGGCGCCGAGUUCACGUCCGGAUUCGAAGCACAAAGCGGUCUUUUACAUUCCAACCUGUUGCCUGCCAGCCCUUUCUGGAUGACUGAUAGAAAAUCAUGCAAAACCUCCCAACCUUUCUAAGGACAAGACUACUGUGGAUUCAAGUGCUUUAAUGACUAUUUAUGCUUUGACUGUGAGAGAGAGCAGUGCCAUGGAAUAUUUCUAGGUGUAGAAAAAGAGGAAACUGCAAUGGAAAAAUUUGUAUGAUUUCCAUUUAUUUCCGAAGGUUUGUAUAUAACAAUUACCCGAGAGUCAUUUCUAUUUGCAAAAGGAUUCGUAACAAAGCGAGUAUAAUUUUCUCGUCCUUGUACCAAGCUUGUUAAAUUUCAAUGCGGCAUCUCCAGAACUUGUCCUAAUGGUGUCUUGUUGUGUCAGCACCAAAUAUUCGUGCAUUACUUGUGGAUGUUCCUUGUCACAGGAAGAUUCUUCUGUGGCCUUAUUAUAUUUUUUUUUAAUUGAAGUCUCUUCUCCGUCUUUGUACCGGAAUCGAAAUCAUAAGAAAACAGAUCAACUAUGUUUAAGAGCUAAUCCGUGACACUAUGCAGUAGUGUUUGAAGUCUUAGCUGUUGUUCAACCUGCGUCUCUUUAUGUUAACUGGAUUUCUGCAUUAAAUGACUGCCCCCUUGUUAA